UUCUCAUUGGUCUAUUCCUUUUGACAAGGAUAACUGUCUUAACCAUUGAUCAAUUUGAUCUAAUGGCUCAUAUUACUUCCUUCCUUUUUCUCUCGUUCUCUCUCCCAUGUACAUUUUCCUCUGUAAACAAGUGUUUAUCUACAAACGAUUCUCUUUCUCCUAACACAAACAAAUCGAUUUCUUCAAUUCUGGUCACCUAAUUCCUUUAUUCUACUCCACUCACAUAAUCUUUUCAUUAUCAAACCGAAUCUCUUCCUUCUGCCAUCCCCAAAUCUCCUUCACAGUCUACCAAAUCUACUCCUACGAUACGGUGUUGUUGUUGCGCUUGCGACUGGUGUGAGAUGCAGUUAUCGUCGGAGUUGUUCUCGCACACGGAGCUUCGAUGGUCGGCAUCAGAUCUAGAUCGUACAAUCAUCUCGGCUCACAGAUCUGGUGUGGAGACAAUGCCGCAUGUAGUGACAAGGCGGAGGCGUGAGGAACCAGAGGCGGAGGAGGCGGCGGCGUGACGAACUGGAGGCUGAAGCGGAGGCUUGACGAACCGGAUGCAGAGGCGCGACGAACCAGAGGCUGAGGCGGAGCUGUUCCGGCGAAGUUAAAUCUCCAUUCAAGCUCACGCUUGUGUAUGUGUGUGUAUAUAUGUUAUCAUAUAUGUAUGAUGUAAUAUGUAUAUGACACCAUAUAUACGAAAAACAUAUUUGUAUUGCUU